GCUUCAAAAGGAAAACAUCAAUGAUAGGAGUCGAACAUUGUUUCGGCAAAUACCUAGUGUUCUGAAAUAUUUAUCUGAAGUGAUUUCUUGAGUUUGAGGGAUUAGAUAAAUUAUAUUUUACAAUAUGAGUGAAGUGCGACAUCGUCGUGGAGAUGGCGACGGCAAUGAAAAAGUGGAAACGGCAGGAGAAUCUGAUCAUGUUGACUCGGAGGAAGAAAAGGUUUUAGAGGAGAAGUAUGUGGAUGAAAUGGCGAAGAAUUUACCACAAGGAACCGAUAAAACACCUGAAAUUCUAGACUCUGCGCUCUCGGGUCUAUCUACGCGAUGGAGGAACUGGGUAAUAAGAGGCAUUUUUACUUGGUUGAUGAUUGGUGGAUUUUGUCUACUCAUCUAUGGAGGCCCAUUGGCUUUGAUGAUAACGGUACUAUGUGUGCAAGUGAAGUGCUUUGAAGAGAUAAUCAACAUUGGCUAUGCUGUGUACCGGGUGCACGGCCUGCCAUGGUUCCGCUCCCUCUCGUGGUAUUUUCUGCUCACUUCCAACUACUUCUUCUAUGGGGAGAACCUGAUCGACUACUUUGGUGUUGUUAUUAAUAGAACUGAUUACCUCCGCUUUCUUGUCACCUACCAUCGUUUUAUCUCCUUCAGCCUGUACUGUGUUGGCUUCGUAUGGUUCGUUCUAUCGCUUGUGAAGCGAUACUAUAUGAGACAAUUCAGUCUCUUCGCCUGGACUCACGUCGCAUUACUGAUCGUCGUGACUCAAAGCUAUCUUAUCAUCCAAAAUAUAUUUGAAGGUCUCAUCUGGUUCAUUGUGCCGGUGUCCAUGAUAAUCUGCAACGACGUGAUGGCGUACAUAUUCGGCUUUUUCUUCGGCAAGACGCCGCUGAUCAAGCUCAGCCCCAAGAAGACGUGGGAGGGCUUCAUUGGCGGUGGAUUCUCCACUGUUCUAUUUGGACUUGUGCUGUCGUACCUGAUGUCCCAGUACCCGUACCUGGUGUGCCCCAUCGAGUACUCGGAGUCGCUCGGCCGCAUGACGAUGGACUGCGAGCCGUCGCCGCUGUUCCGCCUGCACGAGUACACGCCGCCGCAGUUCCUGCUGCCGCUCGUGAAGAUUAUGGGCCGUGAGAAGAUAACGAUGUACCCGUUCAUGAUCCACUCGCUGGCUCUCAGCAUCUUCAGCUCAGUCAUUGGACCGUUCGGAGGCUUCUUUGCGUCUGGCUUCAAACGGGCUUUCAAGAUCAAGGACUUUGGCGACGUGAUCCCCGGGCACGGCGGCAUCAUGGACCGCUUCGACUGCCAGUUCCUGAUGGCCACCUUCGUCAACGUCUACAUCACGUCCUUCAUUCGCACCGCUACGCCGCAGAAACUGCUGCAACAGGUGUACAACAUGAAGCCGGAGCAACAGUUGCAGCUGUUCUAUGCCCUGAAGGAGUCGCUCGAGAACCGCAACAUUCUCAACGCGAUCCCAUAAGUAAUAAUCAUAUUAUGGGACAUGAGAGGGUAGUUUCACAUAUGGAAUGACGUCUCUAUGAAUUUGUGGAUUUAUGAUAUGUAUUUCAUAUUUUAUUCUGCACUCCAAAGGAUAAGAUUGAUGUGGUGAUGACGUAGGGAAUAAGAGAAAAUUAUGCUAGUGUGAGCAGGGAGGUUGUAGGGAGUUGAUGGAUAGUGCUUCUUUUAUUUAAUAGAUUGCGUUGUAAAAGAAAAUUUACCAGAUAACAUAAAUUUAUUGUGAUGUGUUUUCACCACCACGCACUCUUACGUAUAUUUAAAUUGUUAGUUAAUUAUUAUUAAAAUUUAGUUGUAUUUUUAUGUUGUGCUCAGUAAUUGCAUAAGACAGAUAUGGUUAUGUGGAACUACUCUCGAAUUGGACAUAUCUACUACUGUUUAUGAAAACAGCAAAUUUUUGAUCUAGUCCCCAAUUGUGCAAUCGUUUACUAUCUAUCGGCACAAGAAACACUUCAUAUUUAAGAAGCAGAUUUUAAUAUAAUAACGGUAAACGAAACACAAUUUUUGUGUAUAGAUUAUACCUCCAUUUUGAUCUAUACGUCUUAGUAUUGCUAUAAUAGAGAAUAAAAAAAUACCAUAGAUUAAAGAUGCUUGCUUGUUCGUAAUUGUAUUUGUUAUCUGUGGAAUAGUUUUAGUCUAUGUUUAGUUAUGGGUGUCCUAGUGGUUGUUAGGAAAUUUCUCGAACUAUAUUUUAUUGAAUGUUACAUAAUAUUAGUAGUAAAAGUUAUGAGGUCUUGUUUCUUUUUGCUCUUUUACGCUUAUUUUAUUCAUAUUGUCUUUCAAUAAUAUACUAUUAUUUUUAAUUAAUUUUAACAGAAAUUAUGGAACGUAUCUAGUAUACGGUUUAUUUUUAUUGACUCUUAUAAUAUUGCAGUUGCAGUUAAAGUUAAAUUUGGAAUAUUAAUUUGAUUUUUUUUUUAUUGAAGUUUAAUACAACCUUGUUCAAAAUUUUUACACAUUCCAAUUUCAAUUAUAUAGAAAAAAAA